GUUACUUCUUGUCAAGAAAUUUUUGCCCAACACAAUUAAUUGUCGAAAAGAAGCAAAUGAGAUACUACUACUGUCCAGGUUUUUACUCAGACAUUGGCAAGAAUGCCAGAGAUCUUCUGUACAAAGACUAUGCUCGUCAGCCGCCCAACUACUUCAAGUUUCAGUCGAUUAAGUGGAACUUUGAUCUCUCCUGUGAAACUCAAGAAAUCCUGCCCGGCCUCACAACACUCUUCAGAUUUACCAUUCCUGAUUCCAGCAAGGUGGAACUAAGGUUCAUAGAUGACUAUGUUGGUCUAACUGCAGGAGCUGGGGUGAAGGCAUCUAAACAAGGUCCCUUUUCAGGAAACUCAUACGACCCAAUCCUCAGCUUCUCUGGCCUUCUUGGAGCCAAUCUUUUCUCCAUUGGAGCAGGACUAUCCUUUGACGUGUCGAACAAAUCGUUGGAUGACUUCAGUGCUGGUCUCUGCUUCAAUGGAACCACAUCCCCCAUCACAUCACUGAACUUGGAUGAUAAACUUGACACGUUAAGAGCCUCCUUCUACCAUUCCUUCAGCGACAUAACCAGGACAGCCGUUGCUGCAGAGCUAAAGCACUCUUUCUCGGGAGAUGGAGCUAGUACCUUGACGGUUGGCAUACAGCAUGAUCUGUUUGAGAUGGUGUUCUUGAAGGCUCGCGUGGACACGAAUGCCAAGUUAGGAGCGUUCAUACAGCUGGGUCUGUGGGAGAAGCUGAUGUUUGCCGCAUCAGCAGAGCUUGAGCUCAGAGCCAGUGACAACAACUGCAGACUCUCCAAGGUCGGCCUAGCAUUGUCCUUCCUGCCCUAGAACAGAGGGCACAUUUGGGUUCCAGUAUCAUCUCUGCAUAAUUAGCAAGGCAGGAAAUCCAAAUAACUAGUUUCUUCAUUUUUCAUAGUACGUUUUUCUCCGGUUGGUCCUGCUUUUGAUCCUGCCAACAGGACGUCAAUUUGAUCAACCGAAAGCAGCAAACGACCACAUUGAAUAAAAUGGAGCUGAACGGAGGAACGUUCAUAGGUUGAAAAAUUGAAGCAGCUGUUCAGUGUGCUCUAAUAGUACAAAAACCCAAAUGGCAGAACGCAAAGCUGUUCUCUUUCUCGAAUCAAUAAGAUAUAACGC